AUGGUAGAUUCAGCACCACAUACAACUACAACUACAACAAGACGUCUUCGAAGUCUUCAUUUGCCUUCUUCUUCAAGUGCAACAGAUAUCAGUCGAAGAUUUAAUAGUCUUCGACGUUCGGCAAAUAAAACUACUGAACCCAAAAAGAAAAUACGUAUUAAGCUUGUGCCUAAUGUGGGUAUUACAAACAGAUGUUUUGUGUUUGAUGUCAUCGAUCGUGAGCUGGAGCGUGGAGGAUCAGUGCUUAAAUUAGGCCGUUAUUCAGACCGAACAGUGAUCUCGGACCGACUUUCAUUUAAAAGUAAAGUCGUGAGUCGAUACCAUGCAGAAAUUUGGUUAUCUGACAUAGAUGGCAAGAUUUAUAUUAAAGACUCUGGUUCUUCCAGUGGUACAUUUGUCAAUCAUAUUCGUUUAGCGGCAGCAAAUACCGAAAGCACAAGUCCACAUGAAAUCAUGGACGGCGACUUGAUUCAAUUAGGCGUUGAUUAUAAAGGAGGAUUGGAGCCUAUGUAUCGGGCAGUCAGGAUGCGUUUGGAAGUCGACCGCCGAGAGUGGCGUGAAUCCAAUACCUAUAAUCUGACCGCAUUUCAACAGCUCAAGCAUCAGAUCAAUAAAACGACCACAACAGCAGAAGAAAUUCAAGAAUGUUGUAUUUGUUUGUAUUGCAUUGCGCCUUUUCAGGCUUUGUUUAUUGCACCUUGCUCUCAUGUUUAUCAUUAUCGAUGCUUACGACCUUUGUUGACUCAAAAUUAUCCGGGGUUUAGUUGUCCCCUUUGUCGAACGUAUUCUAAUUUAGAAGCAAGUGUGGCUGUAGAAGAAAGUGAAGUAUUGCAGAUGCUUGGUUUAAAUCCUCAUAUACCCUCCGCACAACAUACAUCUGAAGAAGAAGAAGAAUUAGAAGAUAAUUGUCCUCUUGUGAUACAUAGUCGUCAUCAACGUGAAAAGACAGUGUUAGAUGAAGACAAUCAAGAGGUAUUAUACCAACAAUAA